GCAAUCGCCUGCAAACGUUCAUCCAUUCUGCAGUUCAUGCGUAACCUCGUUGCAGAUUGUUUUGAAAGAAGAAACCGACAAAGUGUGUCCUUCGUGAAAGAAGUAUACAUAACGUGAAAUUAUCAAACAUUACAUAUCACACGUACACACACAUAUAUACACAUAUAUAUCUAAUCCACACACGUAAUUAAAAGGAAAAAUAAAAAAUCUAUCGAAAUCAUGAGUCUAGUAAGGCAAAAUUUUCAUAAGGAGUGCGAGGAAGGAUUAAACAGACAAAUUAACAUGGAAUUAUAUGCAAGUUACGUCUAUUUGUCUAUGGCGUACUACUUCGACAGAAGCGACGUCGCAUUACCGGGUCUCUAUAAAUACUUUAAAAAAUCUUCCGACGAUGAACGCGAACAUGCAAUGAAAUUUUUGACGUAUCAGAAUAAAAGAGGUGGCGAUGUUGUUUUUACGGCUAUUGAAGCACCUGCGAAAAAUGAUUGGUUAUCUGCGAAGAGUGCAAUGACGGAGGCAUUGAAAUUGGAACAAAAAGUCAACGAGAGUCUAUUGGAAUUACACGCCAUUGCUGGGAAACAUUCCGAUGCAAAUUUUAUGGACUAUUUGGAGACAGAAUUUCUUCAAGAACAAGUGGACUCGAUCAAAGAAAUCGCCGAUUACGUUACAAAUCUCGAAUUGGUGGGGGAUGGUCUUGGAAUUUACGUGUUCGAUAAGGAAAUGAAAGAGUGAAAUUACAUCGUCUAAUUUUUCUUUCCUUAUAAAAUACAAUUUUCAAAUACAUCGCAUAAAUAGAUAAGUUUUAUCUUUAUAAUCUUAAUAUAUUAUAUAUAUAUAUAUAUAUAUAUAUAUAUAUAUAUAUAUAUAUAUAUAUAUAUAACACACACACACACACAGGAUGAAUCAAAAGUUCCUAUGUGAUUUAAGAGAUUAUUUUUUCUUAAGACUUGCUAGGUACAUUUUUUCAAAUUGUAAUACUGCAAGCCCGGGAAUUUUUUCAUAAUUUGAAAAAAAAAAGAAUAAUUAAACCUAAAAAGUCUCGAAAAAGAGUAAUUGAUUUUUAAAAUCACAAGAACUUUUGGCCCAUUCUGUAUAAAUAUUUAUGUAUGUAUGGAUAUAUGCACGUGUAUACACGUAUUCAUUCAUAAAAUAAGAAAUUAGAAAUAGGAACGCAUAUGUCAUUGUUAUCUACGAUCCUGCGACAUAUGGAAAAAAUGCCAAUCCGCAUGGCUUUCGCUUUCAUUCGAUUAAUCAUAAUUCAUAAUGAUCGAAUAGAAGGAAAUUAUAAAGUCGACACACACACAUAUAUUUAAAAACGUAGAUAUUAUAAGUGCAAAAUUAAUGUAACAGAUAUAUACAAUAUAAAUUUUAAACAAAUGUAAAGAAUUAAAUUUACGUAAAAAAAAAAAUAAUAAAAUGUUGGCAACGUUGCUGCGAA